AUGGCGCCUGUCGCCGUCACGUCGCAGGAUGCAGAGGUCCCUCCAGCGUCCAAGUUACCUGCAGUCUCUGCAGCCCCCGCAGAUGAGGAAGUCUGCAAGAGGCUCGCAUCGGCAGUGGCCCGGUUCACUGAGAGGAACCCGGUCUCCAAGAGACAGUAUGAGAUAGCCGUCAACAACCUGCCGGGAGGGAACACCCGGACGCUCCUUCACACGUCGCCGUUUCCCCUGGUCAUGAAGCGGGGCCGAGGGCCGUUUGUGUGGGAUGAGGAUGACCACAAGUACACCGAUAUGGUGGGCGAACUAACCGCCGGGAUCUACGGCCACUCUCACCCAGUGAUCCGCGAGGCCAUUGUCUCGACCUUUGACAACGUAGGGCUCAACCUAGGUUCUACCAUUGUGCAGGAGCAGAAGCACGCCGAGCUCAUGUGUUCUCGGUUCACCCUCGAGCGCGUCCGCUUCACAAACUCCGGGACCGAAGCUAAUCUCCAUGCCCUGAACGCCGCCAAGCACUUUACCGGCAAGACCAAGGUCGUCGUUUUCGAUGGCGCCUACCACGGUGCCGUUUUCUCCUUUGGUGACGGCACGGUGGCCCCCAACAACGUUGAUAAGGGCGACUGGAUCGUCGGCAAGUACAACGACGUGGACGGAGCUAGACAUACCAUCGAGAACACGCCAGACGUCGCCGCCGUCAUGGUCGAGGGUAUGCAGGGAGCGGGAGGCUGUAUCCUCGGCACGGAAGAGUUCCUCCUGCAGGUCCAAGUCUCAGCCAAAAAGGCAGGCGCCGUCUUCCUCCUGGACGAGGUCAUGACAUCCAGACUUUCUCCUGGAGGCCUCCAGAGCAUUCUGGGCCUCAAGCCUGACUUGACCUCGUUUGGGAAGUACCUUGGUGGAGGGUUUUCUUUUGGGGCUUUUGGCGGACGGGAGGACAUCAUGGCUGCGUAUGACCCACGCACACCCGGUUCCUUGUCCCACUCGGGCACUUUCAACAACAAUACCAUGACCAUGUAUGCCGGAUACGCUGGGCUGUCAAAGGUUCUCACCCCAGAGGCCAGUGCCGCCUUCAAUUCCAAGGGCGAGAAGUACCUCGCCAAGCUUCAGGGGGUCACCAAGGGCACCAAGGCGUCUUUUACGGGACGUGGAUCUGUGUGGGCAAUCCAUUUCUCCGACACAGGAAUUCAGGAUAUCAAGUCCAUUGCCGACAUCGAGGAGCGGUGGGAUCUAAAGGAUAUCUUCUGGUUUGAAAUGACCGAGCUUGGCUUUUGGAUCACACGUCGCGGGUCGAUCGCUCUCAUCCUCGGAACGCCCGACGAGGAGCUCGACCGCUUUGUAGAGUGUGUUACCAAGUUUCUAGAGAAGCACAAGGGCAUGAUGGCUGUGUAG